GGCAGGGGGAUCGGGGCGGAGAGAGCCUCGGGGAAGGAGGGGAUGAGAGUUGGGGAGAGCGGCGCGGGGAGGAGGCGGCGGCGGCGGCGGCGGCGGCGGCGGCGAGCGAGGAGCCAGCGCCGGGGCCAGCGGUCCAACUGCCCGGAGCCACCAUCAUGGUGAAGAGGAAGAGCUCCGAAGGCCAGGAGCAGGACAGCGGCCGCGGCAUCCCGCUGCCCAUCCAGACCUUCCUGUGGCGCCAAACCAGUGCAUUUUUGAGGCCUAAACUUGGGAAGCAAUAUGAAGCCUCUUGUGUGUCUUUUGAACGUGUAUUGGUAGAAAACAAGCUUCAUGGCCUCUCUCCAGCCCUCUCUGAAGCCAUCCAGAGCAUUUCCAGAUGGGAGCUGGUGCAAGCUGCUUUGCCUCACGUCCUGCACUGCACUGCAACUCUGCUUUCAAACAGAAACAAGCUAGGCCACCAGGAUAAAUUAGGUGUCGCUGAAACAAAGCUCCUUCACACCCUCCACUGGAUGCUCUUAGAAGCCCCUCAAGACUGCAACAGUGAGCGGUUUGGGGGCACAGACCGAGGCUCGAGCUGGGGUGGCAGCAGUAGUGCUUUCAUCCAUCAGGUUGAAAACCAGGGUUCUCCCGUGCAGCCUUGCCAAAGCAGCUCCAACGAUGAAGAAGAAAACAGCCGAAGAAAAAUCUUCCAGAACUCAAUGGCUACUGUGGAGCUCUUUGUGUUUCUGUUUGCUCCUCUGGUGCACAGAAUCAAGGAGUCUGAUCUCACAUUUCGGCUAGCCAGUGGGCUUGUAAUAUGGCAACCCAUGUGGGAGCACAGACAGCCCGAAGUCUCUGGCUUCACAGCACUGGUGAAGCCCAUCAGGAAUAUCAUUACAGCUAAGAGAAGCUCUCCUUCUUCUAACAGUCAAAGUCAGACCUGUGAAUCCCUCAAUCAGGACACAAGACCCCAAGAGGGACUCCAGGUUGUUUGUGAAACAUUCCAGUCACAUUCCAUCUCGCCCAAGGCCACCAUAUCUGGCUGCCACAGAGGGAACUCCUUUGAUGGAAGUCUGUCAUCCCAAACUUCCCAGGAGAGAGGACCUUCACAUUCCAGGAGCUCCCUUGUGAUACCUCCAUGCCAAAGGUCUCGCUAUGCCACUUACUUUGACGUUGCUGUGCUCCGCUGCCUACUCCAGCCCCAUUGGUCCGAGGAGGGAACUCAGUGGUCUCUGAUGUACUACCUACAAAGGUUACGUCACAUGUUGGAAGAGAAGCCAGAAAAAACCCCUGAUCCAGAUGUUCCUCUCCUGCCCAGACCUCGGAGUAGCUCCAUGGUGGCAGCAGCUCCCUCACUAGUGAACACUCACAAAACACAAGAUCUCACCAUGAAGUGUAACGAAGAGGAGAAAUCUCUCAGCCCCGAAGCCUUUUCUAAAGUUUCACUAACAAACCUACGUAGGUCUGCAGUUCCAGAUCUUUCUUCAGAUCUUGGCAUGAACAUUUUUAAGAAGUUUAAGAGCCGUAAAGAAGACCGAGAGAGGAAAGGUUCCAUCCCAUUCCACCACACAGGAAAGAGGCGGCCUCGGAGAAUGGGUGUGCCCUUCCUGCUCCAUGAAGACCACCUGGAUGUAUCCCCUACCCGCAGCACAUUCUCCUUUGGGAGUUUCUCUGGACUUGGAGAAGACAGGAGAAGCAUUGAAAAAGGAGGCUGGCAAACCACCAUCUUAGGGAAAUUUACCCGGCGAGGCAGUUCGGAUGCAGCCACUGAAAUGGAGAGUCUCAGUGCCAGGCACUCACACUCACACCACACCCUGAUGAGCGACCUGCCUGACCAUUCCAAUAGCCAUGGAGAAAACACCGUCAAGGAAGUGCGAUCCCAGAUCUCAACUAUAACGGUUGCAACCUUCAAUACCACACUGGCAUCAUUCAACGUAGGCUAUGCAGAUUUUUUCAGUGAGCAUAUGAGGAAGCUCUGCAACCAGGUGCCUAUCCCAGAGAUGCCACAUGAACCACUGGCAUGUGCAAACCUGCCUCGAAGUCUCACAGACUCCUGCAUAAACUAUAGUUACUUGGAGGACACAGAACAUAUUGAUGGAACCAAUAACUUUGUCCACAAGAAUGGAAUGCUUGAUCUAUCUGUGGUGCUGAAAGCUGUUUAUCUUGUCCUUAACCAUGACAUCAGCUCUCGCAUCUGUGAUGUGGCACUGAACAUUGUUGAAUGUUUGCUUCAACUCGGUGUGGUACCCUGUGUAGAAAAGAACAGAAAAAAGAGUGAAAAUAAGGAAAAUGAAAUGAUGGAAAAAAGACCAAGUGAGGGGACUUUCCAAUUCAAAGCCGUGUCUGGAAGUUCCCCCUGUGGAUUUGGGGGCCCUUCUGUUAGUGGAGCUGGAGAUGGCGGAGGAGAAGAAGGAGGAGGUGGUGAUGGAGGAGGUGGAGGAGGCGAUGGAGGAGGAGGUGGAGGAGGUGGCGGUGGCCCUUUUGAGAAGAAUGAUAAGAACCAGAAGGAUGAAAGUACGCCUGUAAGCAACCAUAGGCUUGCUUUAACCAUGCUCAUUAAAAUAGUAAAGUCUUUGGGAUGUGCCUAUGGUUGUGGAGAAGGACACCGGGGGCUCUCUGGAGAUCGUCUGAGACACCAGGUAUUCCGAGAGAAUGCCCAGAACUGCCUUACUAAGCUAUACAAGCUAGAUAAGAUGCAGUUCCGACAAACCAUGAGAGACUAUGUGAACAAGGACUCUUUAAAUAAUGUAGUGGACUUCUUGCAUGCUUUGCUAGGAUUUUGUAUGGAACCAGUCACUGACAACAAGGCUGGGUUUGGAAAUAACUUCACUACCGUGGACAACAAAUCCACAGCCCAAAAUGUGGAAGGCAUUAUCGUCAGUGCCAUGUUUAAAUCUCUCAUCACACGCUGCGCUUCGACCACACAUGAAUUGCACAGCCCUGAGAAUCUGGGACUUUAUUGUGACAUUCGUCAACUUGUCCAGUUUAUCAAAGAGGCUCAUGGAAAUGUCUUCAGGAGAGUAGCCCUCAGUGCUUUGCUUGACAGUGCUGAAAAGUUGGCACCAGGGAAAAAGAUUGAGGAGAAUGAGCAAGAAUCCAAGCCUGUAGGCAGUAAAAGGUCAGAGGCAGGAAGCAUUAUGGACAAAGGCCAGAUGUCUUCUGCGCCUGAGGAAUGUCGCAGCUUCAUGUCCGGUCGCCCAUCACAGACUCCAGAACAUGAUGAACAGAUGCAAGGAGGCAACCUGGGGCGAAAAGAUUUCUGGCGCAAAAUGUUCAAAUCCCAGAGUGCAGCAAGUGAUACCAGCAGCCAAUCUGAGCAGGACACUUCAGAAUGCACCACUGCCCAUUCAGGGACCACCUCUGACCGGCGUGCCCGCUCACGAUCCCGUAGAAUUUCCCUUCGGAAGAAACUUAAACUCCCCAUAGGUAAAAGAAGCUGGCUGAAACGAUCCUCCCUCUCGGGCCUGGCAGAUGGCGUGGAGGACCUCCUGGACAUCAGCUCUGUGGACCGCCUGUCCUUCAUCAGGCAAAGUUCCAAGGUCAAAUUCACCAGUAAUGUGAAGCUUUCAGAAGGUGGACCAGGAAGUGGAAUGGAAAAUGGAAGAGAUGAUGAGGAAAAUUUCUUUAAGCGACUUGGUUGCCACAGUUUUGAUGACCAUCUAUCUUCCAACCAAGAUGGUGGAAAAAGCAAAAAUGUUGUCAAUCUUGGAGCAAUUCGACAAGGCAUGAAGCGCUUUCAAUUUCUGUUAAAUUGCUGUGAACCGGGGACAAUUCCUGAUGCAUCCAUCUUGGCAGCUGCAUUGGAUCUUGAAGCGCCUGUGGUUGCCAGAGCCGCUCUGUUCCUGGAAUGUGCUCGGUUUGUUCAUCGCUGCAACCGGGGCAACUGGCCAGAAUGGAUGAAAGGACAUCACGUGAACAUCACUAAAAAGGGUCUGUCGAGAGGACGGUCUCCCAUCGUGGGCAACAAGCGGAACCAGAAGCUGCAGUGGAAUGCUGCCAAACUCUUCUACCAAUGGGGAGACGCAAUUGGCAUUAGAUUAAAUGAGUUGUGCCAUGGGGAAAGUGAGAGUCCAGCCAACCUCCUGGGUCUUAUCUAUGAUGAGGAGACGAAGAGGAGACUGAGAAAGGAGGAUGAGGAGGAAGACUUUUUAGAUGACAGUACUGUGAAUCCCUCUAAAUGUGGCUGCCCCUUUGCUUUGAAGAUGGCAGCAUGCCAACUUCUCCUGGAGAUUACCACUUUCCUGAGAGAGACCUUUUCUUGCUUACCCAGACCACGCACUGAACCUUUGGUGGACUUGGAGAGCUGCAGACUUCGUUUGGAUCCUGAAUUGGAUAGACAUAGAUACGAGAGAAAGAUCAGCUUUGCUGGGGUCCUGGAUGAAAAUGAAGACUCAAAAGAUUCUCUCCACAGUAGUAGCCACACCCUCAAAUCAGAUGCAGGUGCUGAGGAGAAGAAAGAAGGAAGUCCUUGGAGUGCAAGUGAGCCCAGCAUUGAGCCAGAAGGAAUAAGUACUGCUGGUACAGAGGAAAAUUACCACAGGAACAUGUCAUGGCUUCAUGUCAUGAUAUUGCUGUGCAAUCAGCAGAGCUUCAUCUGCACUCACGUUGACUACUGCCAUCCACACUGCUACCUGCACCACAGUCGUUCCUGUGCCCGGCUGGUAAGGGCCAUUAAGCUACUCUAUGGAGACACCGUGGACUCCCUCCGGGAAAGCAACAACACCACCAAUGUGGCUCUCCGGGGCAAAAAACAGAAAGAGUGCUCAGAUAAAUCCUGCCUGAGGACACCUUCAUUGAAGAAGAGAGUUUCAGAUGCUAACCUGGAGGGGAAAAAGGAUUCAGGAAUGCUGAAAUACAUCAGACUGCAGGUGAUGAGCCUUUCGCCUGCUCCCCUAUCUCUGUUGAUCAAGGCAGCACCAAUUCUGACUGAGGAGAUGUAUGGAGACAUCCAGCCAGCAGCCUGGGAACUGCUUCUCAGCAUGGAUGAGCACAUGGCAGGGGCAGCAGCUGCCAUGUUUCUGCUCUGUGCGGUGAAAGUCCCCGAUGCUGUGUCAGACAUGCUGAUGUCAGAGUUCCACCACCCAGAGACUGUGCAGAGACUGAACGCAGUUCUGAAGUUCCACACGCUCUGGAGGUUUCGCUAUCAGGUCUGGCCCCGGAUGGAGGAGGGAGCACAACAGAUUUUUAAGAUACCACCACCCAGUAUAAAUUUCACCCUGCCCUCACCAGUGCUUGGAAUGCCUUCGGUCCCAAUGUUUGACCCCCCAUGGGUCCCUCAGUGCAGUGGGAGUGUCCAGGACCCCAUUAAUGAAGACCAAUCUAAAUCCUUUUCAGCUCGAGCUGUGUCCCGUUCCCACCAAAGGGCAGAACACAUCUUGAAGAACUUGCAACAGGAGGAAGAAAAGAAACGACUUGGUCGAGAAGCCAGUCUUAUCACUGCCAUCCCUAUCACCCAGGAGGCUUGCUAUGAACCCACAUGUACUCCUAACUCUGAGCCAGAAGAAGAAGUAGAAGAAGUCACCAAUCUGGCAUCGCGUCGACUGUCUGUCAGUCCAUCCUGUACCUCCAGCACUUCUCACAGGAAUUACUCCUUCCGCAGAGGAUCAGUCUGGUCUGUGCGUUCAGCUGUCAGUGCUGAAGAUGAGGAGCACACCACUGAACACACUCCAAACCACCACGUGCCUCAGCCCCCACAGGCAGUGUUCCCAGCAUGCAUCUGUGCAGCAGUACUUCCCAUUGUUCACUUGAUGGAGGAUGGUGAAGUGCGAGAAGAUGGAGUAGCAGUGAGUGCUGUGGCCCAGCAAGUUCUGUGGAAUUGUCUAAUUGAAGAUCCAUCUACAGUUCUUCGGCAUUUCCUGGAAAAACUAACCAUCAGCAAUAGACAAGAUGAAUUGAUGUACAUGCUGCGCAAACUUCUCUUGAAUAUUGGAGACUUUCCUGCUCAAACAUCUCACAUCCUUUUCAACUACUUGGUGGGAUUGAUCAUGUACUUCGUUCGAACCCCUUGUGAAUGGGGGAUGGAUGCCAUUUCAGCCACCCUGACAUUCCUCUGGGAGGUGGUGGGUUAUGUGGAGGGUCUGUUCUUCAAGGAUCUGAAGCAGACAAUGAAGAAAGAGCAAUGUGAGGUCAAGCUCCUGGUGACCGCAUCCAUGCCAGGUACCAAAACCUUAGUAGUUCACGGACAGAAUGAAUGUGACAUCCCAACCCAGUUACCAGUUCAUGAAGAUACUCAGUUUGAAGCCCUGUUAAAGGAGUGCCUGGAGUUUUUUAAUAUACCAGAAUCUCAGUCUACCCAUUACUUUCUCAUGGAUAAACGAUGGAAUCUGAUCCACUACAAUAAGACGUUUGUUCGGGAUAUUUACCCUUUCCGAAGGUCAGUAUCUCCACAGCUGAAUCUCGUACAUAUGCAUCCCGAGAAGGGCCAGGAGCUUAUUCAGAAACAGGUGUUCACUCGGAAGCUGGAGGAAGUAGGACGUGUUUUGUUUCUCAUUUCCCUUACCCAGAAGAUCCCCACAGCCCACAAACAGUCCCAUGUCUCCAUGCUCCAGGAAGACCUCCUCCGGCUGCCUUCCUUCCCACGAAGUGCAAUUGAUGCUGAAUUUUCACUCUUCAGUGAUCCUCAAGCUGGAAAGGAGCUGUUUGGCCUUGAUACUCUUCAGAAAAGCUUGUGGAUUCAACUCCUUGAGGAGAUGUUCCUGGGCAUGCCGAGCGAGUUUCCCUGGGGAGAUGAAAUCAUGCUCUUCCUCAACGUUUUUAAUGGGGCUCUGAUCCUGCACCCCGAAGACAGUGCCCUGCUCAGACAGUAUGCUGCCACGGUCAUCAACAGUGCUGUGCACUUCAACCACCUCUUCUCUCUCAGUGGCUACCAGUGGAUUCUCCCCACCAUGUUGCAGGUAUACUCUGACUAUGAAAGCAACCCACAGUUGCGUCAAGCCAUAGAAUUUGCCUGCCAUCAGUUCUACAUUCUACACCGGAAGCCCUUUGUGCUCCAGCUCUUUGCCAGUGUGGCCCCCCUCCUGGAGUUUCCUGAUGCUGCCAACAAUGGACGCAGCAAAGGAGUGUCUGCUCAGUGCCUGUUUGACUUGCUGCAGUCUCUGGAGGGAGACACCACUGACAUCCUGGACAUCCUGGAGCUGGUCAAAGCGGAGAAGCCUCUUAAGUCAUUAGAUUUCUGCUAUGGAAAUGAAGACCUGACAUUCUCUAUAAGUGAAGCCAUCAAGCUCUGUGUUACUGUUGUGGCAUAUGCUCCUGAAUCAUUCAGAAGUCUUCAGAUGCUGAUGGUGUUGGAAGCUUUAGUGCCCUGCUACCUACAAAAACUCAAAAGGCAAACAUCACAAGUGGAGACGGUUCCUGCUGCUCGAGAAGAGAUUGCAGCCACAGCAGCUCUUGCCACAUCCCUCCAGGCCCUCCUGUACAGCGUGGAGGUCCUCACCAGGCCCAUGACAGCACCACAGAUGAGCAGGUGUGACCAGGGUCACAAAGGGACCACAGCAGCCAAUCACACCAUAUCUUCUGGGGUGAAUACCAGGUACCAGGAACAAGGUGCCAAACUGCACUUUAUCAGGGAAAACCUUCACUUACUAGAGGAAGGGCAGGGCCUUCCUAGAGAGGAACUUGAUGAGCGAAUUGCUCGGGAGGAGUUCAGAAGACCCCGGGAGUCUCUGCUGAACAUUUGCACCGAAUUCUACAAGCACUGUGGACCAAGGCUGAAGAUCUUGCAAAAUCUUGCUGGGGAACCUCGGGUCACUGCCCUAGAGUUGCUGGAUGUGAAGUCACACAUGAGGUUGGCAGAAAUAGCACACUCCCUUUUGAAGCUUGCACCAUAUGAUACUCAGACGAUGGAGAGCCGAGGGCUCCGGCGCUACAUCAUGGAGAUGCUCCCCAUUACCGACUGGACAGCUGAAGCAGUGAGGCCAGCCCUUAUCCUCAUUUUAAAGAGGCUGGACAGAAUGUUCAACAAGAUUCAUAAGAUGCCUACUUUGAGGCGACAGGUUGAGUGGGAGCCUGCCAGCAAUUUGAUUGAAGGGGUUUGUUUGACACUUCAGAGGCAGCCAAUCAUAUCCUUCCUGCCUCACCUUAGGUCACUGAUCAAUGUCUGUGUCAAUCUGGUGAUGGGAGUGGUAGGACCUUCCAGUGUUGCUGAUGGAUUACCCCUUCUUCAUCUCAGCCCUUAUCUCUCACCACCUCUGCCCUUCAGCACAGCUGUUGUCCGGCUUGUAGCAUUGCAGAUACAGGCCUUAAAAGAAGAUUUUCCUUUAAGCCAUGUGAUCUCCCCGUUCACCAAUCAAGAGCGAAGGGAGGGGAUGCUUUUAAAUCUACUCAUCCCAUUUGUGCUCACAGUAGGAUCUGGAAGCAAAGAUAGUCCCUGGCUGGAGCAACCUGAGGUGCAGCUGUUGCUGCAGACCGUCAUUAAUGUGCUUCUGCCACCCCGGAUCAUCAGCACGUCCAGGAGUAAGAAUUUCAUGUUGGAGAGUUCUCCUGCCCACUGCUCCACCCCCGGGGAUGCAGGGAAAGACCUGCGGAGGGAAGGGCUAGCAGAGUCCACUAGCCAAGCAGCAUAUCUGGCACUGAAGGUGAUUCUCGUCUGCUUUGAGAGGCAGCUGGGAAGCCAGUGGUACUGGCUGAGCCUCCAGGUGAAGGAGAUGGCGCUGAGGAAGGUGGGAGGCCUGGCCCUGUGGGACUUCCUGGACUUCAUCGUGCGGACCCGAAUACCCAUAUUUGUGCUCUUACGCCCUUUCAUCCAGUGCAAGCUUCUCGCCCAGCCAGCAGAGAAUCAUGAAGAACUCUCUGCCCGGCAACACAUCGCAGACCAGCUGGAGCGACGCUUCAUACCUCGCCCUCUCUGUAAGAGCUCCCUCAUCGCUGAGUUCAACAGUGAGCUAAAAAUUCUGAAAGAGGCAGUUCACAGUGGAUCAGCCUAUCAAGGGAAGACGUCCAUCAGUACCGUGGGUACCUCCACUUCUGCUUACCGCCUGAGCCUGGCCACCAUGUCCCGCUCCAAUACGGGCACCGGCACUGUCUGGGAGCAGGACAGUGAACCCUCCCAGCAAGCUUCACAGGACACCCUGAGCCGGACCGAUGAGGAAGAUGAGGAAAAUGAUUCUGUGAGCAUGCCCAGUGUGGUAAGUGAACAAGAAGCUUACCUCCUGAGUACCAUUGGAGGAAGGAGGCGGUUUUCCAGCCACGUCUCUAGCAUGUCUGCACCUCAGGCUGAGGUGGGCAUGUUACCCAGCCAAAGUGAACCUAAUGUCCUCGAUGACUCCCAGGGCCUGGCCGCCGAGGGCAGCCUCUCUAGGGUGGCAAGUGUACAGAGUGAACCUGGCCAACAGAAUCUCCUCAUUCAGCAGCCUCUGGGGAGGAAGAGGGGCUUAAGACAACUAAGACGUCCUCUGCUUUCACGUCAGAAGACUCAGACUGAACCCAAAAACCGGCAUGCGGCUCGGCUGUCAACCACUCGCAGGAGCAUUCAACCUAAAACGAAGCCAGCUGCAGAUCAGAAGCGGUCUGUGACCUUCAUUGAAACGCAGCCGGAGCCAGUAGUUGCCCCAACAGAUACACUUCCUGCUGGGGGCCCACCGCAGGGCUGUAGUCCAGCCCCACAUAAGAAACCAGAGGGAGUAGACAAACCAGUUCUUACUUCUUCACCUGCUAUUGUUGUUGCUGAUCUACACAGCCUGUCUCCCAAGCAGAGUGAGGCCCUGCACACUGAAGAAGAAAAGAAGGAGGACGCAGAAGUACAGGGGGCCACAGCACACAGUCUUCUCUCUGCUCAACUUGCAGCCCCUGAUGACUUCUCCGGCCUUGAGACAUCCAUCCUCUUACAGCAUGGAGAUACCGUCCUACACAUCAAUGAGGAGAGUGGCAUGGAGAAUCCCCUGCUCACCACCCAGUUCAAUUUUUCUCCAACUGAGCUGGGGGAUGCUAAUAUAGACCUAGAUGAGUCUCAUGUUUAAUUCUUUAUCUUGUUAAGAGUUACAAGUAUAAACAAGAUGUAAAAGAUGAUCUUGCUAGAAGUUGGACAGUUUUGCUUGGAAAAAAAACAAAACAGCACUUUACAUCCUAUGAGUGGCACAGAUCUCAUAGAUUGUGUUGCUCAUGCACAUAUUGUUUCAUAAACAUCUAUAAAAAUCAAUGGCUAACAUGAUUUGGUUUCUGAAGACCAUAAAAACCAGGGAGCAAAAAGGGGAAAGAGCCAUUUCACUGCACAUUGUUUAUGAUUCAAGAAGCCUUGAGUAGUUAAAAAUGUUACUUAUCUAUUACAGAGUUACUUAGGUUUAUUAGCAAAUAAUAUGUUCUAAAGAUACAAUUUUUGGAGGUUGUUCACAUUAUAUACAUCUCAUGCAAAUAUGUAUUUUUAUAGUUUCAAAAUAUUGAGCAGGUGGUUAUCCAAGUAGCAAGUUAUAUAAAAACAAUCAAUAAGAAAAAUAUUAGUUUAGGAAAAUUGAAUAAUAAGCCUGUAGCCAUUUUUGUUUUGAUUAAUGGCAUAGCCAUUUACAAGGAGGAAAAGCACCAUUUUCAGGGCUGAUAUUUCAUUGUUUAUUUUUUGAAUUGUCAUUUUCACCGCAUUUUCUAAUCAAAAUGCUAUAGCAUAAGAUCCUUUCGUCUAAUAACCAGUCACAAUAAAGAGAGACUAUUCUAGAAAUUAUCAGACAUAAUUAGGUAUUAUGAAGGAUAUAAACAGCCUGUACCGGGUAAGAACUAAAUGUAAAUAUCAUAGCUAGAAAGAGAUGGCAUUUCUAUAUGUAGCAUUAACUACAUCAAUGCCAAGAUUAGGAAAUAUUGGGAAAUGUGAUUACUUUUUCUUAUAGCAUACAGUGCCUGCCCUCAGGGCAUAUUUUCAGAUAUUAAGGUUAUUAUUGUUAGGAUUGGUUCAAUACAAUAACUUUUUCCUCAAUGUUGAUAAUGUUCUUAUGAUCCUUUGGACAUCUAAGUUUAUGAGGAAGAAAAUAUAAAGUGAGCAAUGUCUUCAUAGACACACUCUAUGAAGUGUGUACUUUACCCUGAAAUUUCAACUACUUCAAGAAAAGCAUAAAGUUUAGAAGUCUUGUGAGGCCAUAUCUAAUGUAUUAUUGAUCCCAUAGUAGGGCUUGGUAUCACAGAGUCCAAGAAUGUGUGUCAAAAUUUUAUACUAGAAAACUGUUAUAUAGCAGUGAAACAUAUAACAAUGAAGUACACAACAACUCAUAUACAUACAGAUUGGUAUGGUGGUGGUAGUGAUGUGUGUGCUUGCACAUGAGCACAUGUGCUCACGUAUGUAUGUGUGUGCGUGUGUUUUCUAGUCCUCCAGUUAAAGUUAAAUAAAGACUUUGGUUAUAUGGCCAUGACUUUAAAACACAUUCUAUAUGCUUAAACUUUAAUUACAUUAGCUAUAGAAUGUAUAUAUCUAUAUAGAAGAGAGCUAUUAAACAUACCCAAAUCACAAAGAAAAGCUAUUUUUUUGUUAGAAUUGCUUAUUAGAUAGGCAUUGUUUAUAUUGUGAUUUAUACUUUCAAAUAUAAUUUGGGGUUUGGGCCCUUUCACUAAGAGAAUGAGCUAAAGAUAAAAGGCAAAACUGAUCUAAACUUCAGAAAAUAGAAGUGGUACAUAGUCUCCUUUGUGUUUUAUGAUAUUUUCAGAACAUUUACACUCAAUGUUGAAUUAAUUCUCAAGUGCAGAAAUAUACAUACAAGUGGUUCUAUGGUUCUUCUUAAGCUUAUGUAUUUCACCUGUUACAAAUUAUGCUGCUCAAUUAGUGUUAGAGGCCUUAUGUUUAGUAAUUACAAGUGUCUGGGCUAUCUGAGUCUUUAUGUGCAAAUUUGUUCCAGUUCUUUGCUUCUUGAUUCAAAUUAUCUUCAUUUAAUUGUAUCAAAUAUUUUAAAAGUAAAGGAGUCAAAGUAGAUUGUUAAAUAUCUGAUAAGAAUCUUAAAUACCUUUAUAUAUAUAUUUUUAAAGUCUUAGGCUUUUUUGAACAUUAUUAUGUUGGCCUGUCUGCCUUUUAGCUUGACUCCUUCACUCUAGUGUUAUGGAUGUCUGUAGGAAAUCUUUUUCAAUAAGCUAAGUAAUGUUGUACCAUGCAAAAAAGUCUCCACUCUGAGGGCCUUAUAGAGUGAGAAUGUUUUCAUACUGGAACUACUGAGAUUUUGCAGAUGAGCGCAUCUGUUCCAAUUAUGGUGCCCUUAAAUGUGUUGAAUGUAAUGUACUGAAUGUUUGUGUGUAAUUGAUAAAGUAUCUAUAUGUAUGUGCAUAAGACUGUCACAAGUAUGUAUUCUCAGGAAUACUAGUACCUGGAGUGAGAAGGAAUAACUAUUUAAAAAUGACCAGUUGGGGAAGAUUAUAAAGAAGUUCAGUAACAAUUUUGGUAAUGUUCAAAAUAUUAUUGAGCAAAUGACUAAAAGCUACUCAUUGCAUAUGAAAAAUGCAGUAUUGAUAAUACUAGACCAUUUUUAAGAAGUGAUGCUGAUUGAUAUUUAUCUUGUUCCAAGGAAAGUUAGAAUAGGCCUACUACCAUGAAUAAAAAUUGAAUUCGGUAAGAGGCUGCUUUUUCUGAAACUAAAAUUUGAGAGACCUUGGAAUAAACAUGUAUCACUCAUGAUAGUGGUGUAGAUUUAUACUACAAAGAUUCAAUUAAAGCAGUUCAAAUUCUAGAUAGAGCAUUUUAUAGAUCAAAACAUUUUACUUUAAGUUUUAGUAUUGCUGCUCUCUAUAAUUCUAUUAGAUACAUUAUUUGAAUUUUCAAAAAAUUAAAUUUCAUUGAGUGCAUUAUGAUAAGGCACUGAGAAAUAUAGUGUCAAAGGCAUAAGGGGGCAUGACAAUGCAGGGGCAGACAUCUUUGGUGGGAGGUCUUAGUGAGGCCUCUUGUAUUGUCUGGGAGUAGUUGGUUUGCCAUGUCAAGCCACCGAGAGUACCUCAGGCAAAAUGACAUCUCCUCCCUUCAGUGUCUGUUCCUUUAGUCAGUGAAGCACAUUCUCCAAUUUGCUGUUCAUCACCCAGAGUAUCUGAGAUGAGAAUAGGGUGGGGUCAGAAAUAGAAUUACACUCCAAACACAAAUUAAAUACCCUUCCUCAAAUUUUAGAGGAUACUAUAAGUUUGUGGAAUUUGCUGCUAUCACACCGUCAUGCUGUAAGUCAUGCUAUUGCCCUGUGACCUCACGUUUCCAAUUCCAUGGCCUUGUCUUAGCAGUAGAAAGUCCCACUUCCUCAUUUAUUUAGUGGUUCUUACUAACUGCAGCAUUUCAGAAACAAAGUUUGGUUUGACACUCAGGAGAUUAAAAACUAAGUUAAGGGCAGAAUGUAUUUGGAAAAACUUUAAAAAAAUUACUUGUAUUAUUUUAGAAUCACUUAGGAUAACAGAUCACUGUACCUCCAUAGUAUUUUUCAAUAGUCACUGUGACUGCAGGAUGAAAAUCCAUUAUUAGCCAUUUUAUAGGUAAAAUCAAGAUUGAUGACACAGCCAACUUCCCUCAGAUGACUAUGAAGUCUGUUAUGAAUACCGAAUGACCAAAGAGCAUGGACUAAAAUGUGUAUGAAUAAAUAUGAAACAUUUAUGAAAGAUAUUUAUGAAAGAUUUAAGACUUCUGUGUUUGAAUAUGCACAUAUAAUAAAUAUAAAAACAUUUGAGAUGCUUGAUUUUCAUUUCUCAAUAUACGGAUUAGAAGGACAUUCAAUAAAGUGUUUCUAUUGGA